AUGGGAAAGUUAUCAAUUUACAAAACGUUAUUUAACAUGCAAAAAUAUGCAGCUGUUACAAAUCGACUGUUCACUGGAAAUCAUAGAACAGAAUCAUCAAGGAAACAGUAUUCUGAUCAAUUACUACAUUUUAUUAAGCAGAAAAUUAAUCUGAAUGGACCAAUGAGUGUUGCUGAAUAUAUGCGUUUAACAGCUUCAUCACCUAUUGGUGGCUAUUAUUCGCGUCAUGGUAGUAAAAUAUUUGGUGAGAAAGGUGACUUUAUCACGGCUCCCGAGCUAACACAAAUGUUCGGUGAGCUUAUUGGUAUAUGGUGCUACUACGAACUCAUUAAUACUGGGCACAGUGAAGAAUGGCAGUUAGUGGAAAAUGGUCCUGGUACAGGACAGCUGAUGUCUGAUAUCACACGAACUUUGAGACGACUUAAAGUAACGAAAGGAUCUAUUCAUCUUGUUGAAACAUCUGAUGCUUUGUUGGAUCAACAAGAAUCUCUGCUUUGUGAACAUCCAUCGCAGUUCAUUGAUGGAAAAUCUUAUGUUCGGUGCAAUGUGACAAAAAAUGGUUUUCCGAUAUACUGGUAUCGUAAUGUUGAUGACAUUCCUGCUCAAUUUUCUAUAUUCAUAAGCAACGAAUUUUUGGAUGCAUUACCAGUAAAUCAAUUUAAAAGAGAUGACGAGGGCAAAUGGCAUGAAGUAUAUGUAAAUUUGAAUAAGGACGACAAACUUUGUUUUAUGCUGUCGAAAUCCGAAAACUUGCAUACCUUUGGUUUAUUACCGAAAAAAAUUCGUGAAGAUUUAUCAAUCAAAGAGUGGGAGAUUAGCAUUGAUGCUGGUACUUAUGUUAAUCAGGUUACUGACAGUAUUACGAAAUUUGGUGGUUUUGUAUUGAUAGUAGAUUAUGGACAUAAUGGUACAAGAAAAGAUUUGUCCUUGCGAGCUUACAAAGGUCAUCAGAUUGUACAUCCUUUGGAAAAUCCUGGAGAACAUGAUAUAACUGCCGAUGUCAAUUUUGGAUAUUUGAAAAGUCUUGUUGAAGACCGAACAUUGGUUUUUGGACCAAUUGAACAGCGAGAAUUUUUUGCUCAAAUGGGAAUUGGAUUAAGACUGCAAAGACUGUUGACAUGUUGUAAAACAGAAGAAGAUAAACAAAAUUUGCUCAAAUCAUGUGAAAUACUAUUGAGUGAAAAAGGUAUGGGUGAGCGAUUCAAAGUGAUGAGUAUAUUUCCCAAAACACUAGAAAAUAUUUUAAGCCAGCGUAAAGGACCAGCUGGUUUUGCAGUUAUAUGA